AUGGCGGGAGGAGACCGACUUAGCAAUUUGCCCGAUUCAAUCCUACUUCACAUCCUUUCUAUGUUGCGAAACAAUAAAGAAGUUGUGAGAACCAGUGUAUUAUCUGAACAAUGGAAGUUUCUUUGGAAAUCUGUUCCAACAUCACUCAAUUUCAACUUUCCGAUUAGUUACAAUGAAAAUGACACUCUUGAUUAUCUAGUUUCUAUCCAUAGAGAACUUUAUUAUUGGAGGUCUUGCAAGAAAAUUCAAAAACUCAAAGUGUGGGGCCUUAAGUAUGUUCAACGUUUUGCUAAAGAUGUUGAUUUGUGGGUACAUUUUGCAACUAAACUUGCUAAUAUUGAAGAUUUUGAACUUAAAUUUAUUACAAAUAACCAAAUAUACGAGUUUCCUCAAUUUGCAUAUAAAAAUGCAUCGUUGAGGAAUUUGGUUUUAUUUCGCUGCCAGUUGAACCCUUUUGGCAAUGUUAAGUGGAGUAGUCUCGUUUCUCUUUCAAUGUUUUACAUGGAAUUUACAGAUUGUGUCAUGGAAAAGGUAUUAUCUGGUUGA